GCCAGAGUCGCGCGCAGCCGUCGUCGCCGCGCAAUCUCUCACCGUACGCGCAGCCGAUAGCCCGCUUACUAAACGAUACGACUAAAUUUAUAAUAACGAAUUCUAGUGCUCAUAAAAAAACUGUGUUAUUCUUGUUCCAUAAGUCAGCCGUUAUAUUUUCAAAUAACAAUGUCGCCGGUAUGCUGAAAAACAAAUGAACAUUACGGUGGAAAAGCGUUGUCAAAAUGACGUUGCGGGUCGAAGUGCCCGGAGAAAAAGUUGUGAACGUAGAACCGUGCAAGUGUAACAAGUCCUUAGGUACAGAACUGGCAAAAACAGAAACGAAAAUCAGCAAGCGCGUCAAGGAGUAUAUAAAAAAAUCAUGGGCGUUCAGAUCUAAAAUCACAGUUGAACCCUUUGUAAUUUGCUAUAUCCUGCCGAGCGUUCUCGCCGGCCUGGCGGUGCAGAACCUGUGCUUGGAGAAAUCAUGUCUCGUCAACCUUCAGUACGACGAGCGGACCUGCAGACAUAUAAUGCAGGGUCGCACACACAAUUACACGGAACAAGAAAGAAACGUACAGAUCCAGGUCACAGGGAUGACGGCUUGGAGUUACCCUCUUCAAACAGCCUUGCCUGGUAUUCUAGCGCUGUUUGUGGGUGCAUGGAGCGACCGCACCGGUAAUAGGAAGGCAUUCAUGGUGCUGCCGAUACUCGGCAAGCUAAUCUCAAUCGCAGGGAUUAUCCUUAGUACAGUAUUUUUCCUGCAAAUAGGCAUGAAUGAAACAGCGCUUAUAGAAGGCCUGCCUCCUGCUUUAGCCGGAGGACGGGUCGCCAUGACAAUGGCUAUAUAUAGUUAUAUAACGGAUAUAACUAGUGAAUCCGAACGAACUUUUCGAUUGGGCAUCGUGACGGCGGUGCUGACUCUCGCUAGGCCCGUUGGUCUGGCCCUUAGUGGUUAUAUGACGAAACGGCUUGGUUACUACGGUGUAUUUUCGGUGGCUAGUGCAUUUUACCUUACCGGUUUCGUGUACAUUAUUGUGAGGCUCAAGGAAAAGACUAAGAAGACAGUUGACGAUGGUGACAAACAGAGUGUUCUUAUGAUGUUCUCCCUAAAUGAUUUGGUAGCGACCCUCAAAGUCGGCUUCAAAUCCCGCGAAGGGACCAAACGUAUGCAAAUCAUUCUAAUCAUGUUCGCAUACAUGUUCAUCGUUGGACCGGUUUUGGGUGAGGCGCAGAUGACCUACUGGUUCACGCGGUACAAGUUCAAAUUCACUGAGGUGGACUACAGCCUGUUCCUCACAUACUCCGUGCUUGUAGGAAGCGUGGGUUCCUUCGUCACAAUUUACUUGUUCAGCAAGCGCUGGAAGAUAGAAGACAGCACCAUCGGCGUGGUGGCUUGCCUCAGCAGGAUUGCCGCGAGUGUGGUGUACGCUAUGGCGCCAAACCGGUCCGUGUACUUCCUAGGACCCGUGCUGGACAUGUUCAGUUCGGCCGGUGCGACCUCCCUGAGAUCCAUGGCUACGAAAUUGGUUGGCAUCGACGAGAUUGGUAAAACGAGCUCUCUAAUAAGUAUAUCGGAGGCGUUGGUGCCGGUGAUAUACUCGCCGGUGUACAGCAAGGUGUACCUCAGCACGCUGUCCACGUUCGCCGGCGCUUUCUACCUCAUCAGUGCAGCGCUUGCCGUCCCUGCUAUAGCGAUAUUAAUAAUACUACUCACUCUCAACAGGAGAGAGAAGCGUGUCCCUCCCGGACCUGAACCGGAGAGCAAGCCCAAGGAGAACGAGAUCACGCAAUUUUGACAACCCUACCUACUAUUUAUUGUUAAGUUUCCAUGUUACCUCUAGUAUACGAAAAAUCUCAAUAAAAUUAAGGUUUUUAAUGAA